ACCAAACCAAACAAACAAACAAACAUACACCACACUCUCUCUGUCUACAACACUUCUCAAGACACCUUCAAAAGUUACAACAAUGGCCAACAUUGAAGCACAACUCUCCACAUCAAAAUUUUCAUUACCAGUAGAUUCCGAAAACAAAUCCAAAUCACUCAAAAUCUUCUCCUUCGCCAACCCACACAUGAGAACCUUCCACCUCUCCUGGUUUUCAUUCUUCACUUGUUUCGUCUCCACCUUCGCCGCCGCUCCUCUCGUCCCAAUCAUCCGCGACAACCUCAACCUCACCAAAUCCGACAUAGGAAACGCCGGGGUAGCCUCGGUUUCCGGAAGCAUCUUUUCCAGGCUCGUCAUGGGCCCAGUAUGUGAUCUACUGGGCCCACGGUACGGUUGUGCUUUUUUAAUCAUGUUGUCGGCCCCGACAGUGUUCUCGAUGUCGUUCGUGUCGUCGGCAUCGGGAUACAUUACUGUCCGAUUCAUGAUUGGGUUUUGUUUGGCAACGUUCGUGUCGUGUCAGUAUUGGAUGAGUAGGAUGUUUAAUGGGGAGAUUAUUGGGCUUGUGAAUGGGACGGCCGCUGGGUGGGGGAAUAUGGGUGGAGGAGCUACUCAGCUUAUAAUGCCGUUGCUGUAUGAGUUGAUUUUACGGUGCGGGUCGAGUCCGUUUACCGCGUGGCGGAUUGCUUUUUUUAUACCCGGUUGGUUUCAUGUCAUUAUGGGGAUUUUGGUUUUGACUCUUGGUCAGGAUUUGCCUGAAGGGAACCUUGGGGCUUUGCAGAAGAAGGGUGAUGUUGCCAGAGAUAAAUUCUCUAAGGUGUUAUGGUAUGCUAUCACAAACUACAGGACAUGGAUCUUUGUCCUCCUCUACGGCUAUUCCAUGGGUGUCGAGUUAUCCACAGACAAUGUCAUCGCAGAGUACUUUUACGACAGGUUCAAUCUCAAGCUCCACACUGCCGGCACCAUCGCAGCCACCUUCGGCAUGGCCAACCUCAUCGCCCGCCCCUUCGGCGGCUUCGCUUCCGACUACUCCGCCAGAUUCUUCGGCAUGAGAGGCCGCCUGUGGACCCUCUGGAUCCUCCAAACACUCGGCGGACUCUUCUGCUUCCUCCUCGGCCACGCCAACUCCCUCCCCAUCGCCAUCUCCAUGAUGAUCCUCUUCUCCGCCGGCGCUCAGGCCGCCUGCGGAGCCACCUUCGGCAUCAUCCCCUUCAUUUCUCGCCGAUCUCUCGGAGUCAUUUCUGGCAUGGUCGGAGCCGGUGGGAAUUUUGGGUCUGGUUUGACACAGUUGAUAUUUUUCACAAGCUCCAAGUACUCAACUCAAAUGGGUUUAUCUUAUAUGGGUGUUAUGAUUAUGUGUUGUACUUUGCCGGUGAUGUUUGUGAAUUUUCCGCAGUGGGGUGGGAUGUUUGUUGGGGCCGCGAAAGAGGGUGUGAAAGGGAGUGAAGAGUACUAUUAUGGGUCGGAGUGGAGCGAGCAGGAGAAGGAGAAGGGGAUGCAUCAGGGAAGUUUGAAGUUUGCGGAGAACAGCCGGUCGGAGAGGGGGAGGAGGGUUGCUUCUGUGGCAUCGCCGCUGGAUUCGAGUCCAAACCAUCUUUAAGAAGAUCAGCUUCGCAUACAUCAAUGGUGGAAAUGGAAGCGAAAAUAAUGGGAAAAAUAGGCCAUGUGUUGUUGCUUUGUUUGUGUUUUGUGAUUUAAAUUUGCAUACGAAAUAAUUACAAAUCGGACACUAACUCACUCAUUUUAUAAAAGAUUGAGACUUAACUAGGUGACGGAUUUGUAUCCGAUUUUGUAAUCAAGUUAAUGUAUUUCUAUAUUUGUAUAUGUUACUUAAACUAUAAUAUUAAGAUAGUUCUCAAUAAUUAAAAA